AUGUCACUUCAAUGUAUCGAAAAUUUUCGAUAUGUACAUUUGCAUGUAUGUGUAUAUCUGUGUGUAUCUGUGUUUCUGUCUGUCUGGAGGGGAGCUACACGGUAUGCACACAAACGUAAAUUUGUACGAUUUAGAAAAGUUGUAUCGGUCAAUACAGUCAGUCCAAUUAUACGUUAUUGUUUCGUACUGAGGGCAUAUUUACUGAGAAUAUCAUCGGCUGACUUUUCCGCAACUUUUGAAUGUAAGCCAGAUGUGAAUAUCAAAAAGGCAAAUCCUUUGGAUAGCAGAACAUACUUCCAGUGUGAUGCUAAUGGGCAAUUUUUAAAGCGCAAAUGUCCAGAUGAUAAGAGCUUUAAUGCAACAUUAUUGGAAUGUGUAAAUGAAUCACAAUUAGCAGAUGACAUCGAUCCAUUCUUAUUACCUCAAUUUCAAGCACCCGACGAUCUUUGUGGAGGUGGCAUCCCAAUGACUCGUUUAAGUUCUCCAGUUAUUUGUAACCCAUCGGUUAUUAGCUGUCCAGAUGGUGGAAGCGAAAUGAAAGAAGAUAAUGAAGAAGACUAUUGUCCGGAUAAUCAAGUGACUUAUCUUGAGAUAACGAAUGGAAAGCCUCUAAGUUGCUCAUUAACUUUCGGCAAUUCAUGUCCAACAGGUUUCACGUGUACCGUAGUACGACAUAUUAACGCAGAUCAUUCAAUAUCCCGAUGUUGUGGUAAAAAUUUCGGUUGUCCACAAAAUUCUGCUGCACAAAUCAAUCCCAUUACUGGUUCCUUUGUUUCCUGUUCCAUUAGAUCAGCAAAUUUAUGUCAAAAUGGUUUUGCUUGCAUUCGAAGUACCAUUUUUGAUCGAUCGAUUUGUUGCUCAACGAAAAAUUCAACGCCAAAUAAUUUCUGUCCGGCUGGUGAAGCUGUAAAUAAUGGCGCUGAGGAAUGUUCUGAGAAAUUACCAUGUCGUGACGGAUACUUUUGUGUAACAAACGGGAAUAAAAAUUACUGCUGUCCAUCACAUGAAAGUGUUUGCACGUUACCACGUGAAAUCGGUAAUUGUUGGCAUAAAAAAUUGGAAUUAUCUGUUAUACGGUUUUAUUUCGAUACUAAAACAGGCACUUGUCGAUCCUUUAAUUACAGCGGUUGUGGCGGUAACGAUAAUAAUUUCCUCAGUUUGGAUCAAUGUCACGGAUUUUGUCUUGCUCAGCAAUGUGAAACCGGAAUAGCAUACCGUAUGGAUGCAUUAAAUGCUGCAUGCUCACCGUAUAUGCCAAGUACUUGUCCUAAGCAAUAUACCUGUCGUGAGCCAAUUUUUGGACCUGUAUCUAUAUGUUGCCCUAAUCCAGAAAUUGUAUGUAAGGAAAUACCGUCUGCUGGAACAAAUUGUUUCGGUCGAAGAAUAGCUAUUCAUCGAUAUUAUUUCGAUCAAACAAUACAACAAUGUCGACCAUUUGAAUAUUUCGGAUGUUCUGGCAACAGUAACAAUUUUCGCAGUAAAGUAGACUGUGAAAAUUUUUGCCUAGCUAACCUUGAUAAAGUAUGUGACGGUAGCGCUCCAUUGAAAGAUCCAAGUGGACGAUUACAAAAAUGUACAACAUCUAUGGCAUGUCCUUCCGGAUAUAAUUGCAACGCUAAACAGUACUGUUGUCCAACAUCCGAAUUUGCAUGUACGGUAUCAAUGAGCAGUGGGCGUUCAUGUGCAAAUAGCAUGCAACGUACAGCAUGGUAUUAUAAUGCAAUUACUGAAAAUUGCAUGCAAUUCAUGUAUUUGGGUUGUGAUGGUACUGCAAAUCGUUUUACAAGUCAGGAAGCAUGUAUAAUGCAUUGCAUUAAUGGAUCUAUCAGAUUUGGACAAUGUCCAUUAGGAAUGUUACCGUAUAUAUCGGAUGGGAAUAAAUUACCUCAGAUGUGUAAAUUGAACGUUAUGGGUUCAUGUCCAUCAUUAUCUUCAUGUGUUCCAUCAACAAAAAAUAUUCCGAUUUGUUGUAAAACUGAAGCAAUGUGUCCCGAACAACGUAAACCAUAUAUCAUUCCGGGUUCCGAUUCAACAGUAAGCUGUCAACCGAACAGAGAAAACUGUCCAUUAUCAUCGGAAUGUGUGGAAAGCUCAGUAAGAGGGUUUUAUAUGUGCUGCCUACUAUCGAGCAGUAAAUCAUUGGAUACGGGUUCAAAUUCCGAUAUUGACUGCCCAGAAAAUCUUCCAACAAAUGGUCAACAUUGUCAAAUAAAUGGUGACGAUGUAUGUCCCAAAGAAUAUGUUUGCUUGAAUCGUUUACCUUCAACGGAAGGUUUAUGUUGCAAAACGAAACCACAAUGUCUGAAAGGAAGGAUACAUUUUAUUUACGGACAAAAAGCACAGAUUUGCGGUCCGGAAUUGGACGCAUGUCCAAAAGACACGGCAUGCUUGAUAUCAUCCGUACCUACUGUUAGUAUAUGUUGCAAAUUUGCUUCACUUCCAGCUGCAGCAUCAAAAUUCUCACGAACCAAUCUGAUCACACCGUUAUGCUCAAACGGUCGAACACCCUUUUAUGAUCCCGGUUCACGAACACCAAGACAGUGUUUAACAUCACGCCGUGGUCAAUGUCCUAAUAAAUUUAAUUGCCAAGUAGCUAAAUCUGGUGGCUUAUAUUAUUGUUGUCCGGUUUCACCAUAUGAAUGUGCUAAUGGACGUAAAGCCUAUAUGACGCCCGGUUCGUCGAUUCCACAGACAUGUAACGUAAAUUUCAAUAGCUGUCCACCAGGUUACAGUUGUCAUCUAUCUGCAUAUGGUUCUGCUACAUACUGUUGCUUGGAUCUUGCAUCAGAAGCAGAAUGUCCCAGUGGUGCUUCACCAUAUCUUUAUGCAAAUCAUCCAUUAGCAUGUCCGGCUAGAUCGAAUCGUUGUCCAACCGGUUACGCUUGUAUCAGAUCAACAGUUCACACAGUACAUCUCUGUUGCUCCGUAUCACUUUCUCCGAUACCAAUGUGUACUAAUGGCAUCGCUUACAUUGAACCAGUAUCGAGUGAACCACAAGCUUGUUUACCUAUGAUAAAUAAUUGUCCACCUGGUUAUCAAUGUCAGGAAAGCUCAAUAAUGGGCUAUUACUUAUGCUGCACUUCGGGACAUUUAAAUAGCCGUUAUUCUGGAUAUUGUCCAAUGGGCCAAAUACCAUAUGUUCGAUAUGCAAAUGAAGAACCUCGAACUUGCCACAUGGCUUUGCAACCAUGUCCUACAGUUGCUCAGUACAUGUGUAUUUAUAGUGCCGAAAAAAUGAACUCGUAUUGUUGCGCACCGAUCGAUACAGCCUUUAUUGGUCAAUCGGAAAUUUCAUUCCAACGUCACAGACAACGCGUACCAAUAGUGGAAGAUAGAUCAGGAUGUCCAAUGGGAUCACAACCUUUGAUGGAUCAAUGGAACCACUUUCAUGGUUGCAAUCCAGGAAUGUGUCCUCAAAUGUAUUCAUGUCACUAUUCAGUUCAAUACAAUCGUUAUCAAUGUUGCUUAAGGAUGUCUGGUAGCAUCCCUAUGAUAUCUGCAAUAGCCGCCGAUACUGCUGAAAAUACAGAAUGUGAACCAGGAACAGCAAGAAUAAAGGAUCGAUGCAUGAGAUUACUAUAUCUUGGUCAAAAAGGUUGUAAGGAAAGCGAUCAAUGUUCGAUGCGUGUUGCCGAAGCGCGAUGUGAACAAAAUUAUUGCGUCUGUCCACGAAAUAAACUGAUACAUCAAUCAAAAUGUGUAACACAUUGUCCUGAGGGAUUUAUCGAUAUAGCAGGUAGAUGUCGCGAUUUAACAACUAUAGUCUUUAUGGAUUCGGUUGACGAACGUACCAACGGUACUAUUGGUGGUUUUUGUAAGAAUACCGUUAUUGCUGAAGAGCAGUGUGAAGUGGAAAAUUCAUACUGUAAUGAGAUUUCUGUUACCUGUCAAUGUAAGCCGGGUUACGAACUAAAACUUAAUAUGGACAAACAAGAUGACACAGGUUCUUGCGUUGAAAUGGUGGAAAGCAAAUUUACAAAUCAAACUUCGACAGCACCUGAAGAAACAAAUUUCAUGAAUUUUUAUUUUAUGGAAGAUGACUUAUUCGGGAAUGACAGUUUCCCAAUAUUUGAGAAUACAUCGUUAGAAGAUUCUGAAAACUUGGAAGAAUACUUAAUUCAAACUGAUGACCACAAUAUACCCAUCAUAUGA